AUGACCGUGAUACAAGUUGGGCACCAGCAUGCACAAUUCACUCGAACCGAGCAUAUCGCACACAGAACCCGCAUCCCUACACUAUACGCAUUACUCAUCGGAAUCGAUUCGUACAAGAAUUUCACCAAGCUCUCUGGGGCCGUAAAAGACGUGGAAUCUGUCAGCGACUUUCUACGCUGCGAUCUAGCUGUUCCUGAAUCGCGUAUAACGAAACUGACCAACGAACAAGCUACUCGUUCUGGUAUAAUCAACGCAAUGGAACUGCUGAGCAAAAAUAACAAAAUCAAUCGCUUCGACCCCAUUGUCAUUUUCUACGCCGGGCAUGGAUGCGAAGUUAAUUCCCCUCUAGCAGACUAUAAAGAAAAGGCCCAGUGUUUGGUGCCAUGGGACUUGGGAUGUCUGGGCGCUGAUGGCCAGCCAGUUCCUCCUAUCCCCGAUUAUACUCUCUCGGCUCUCUUGAACGAGUUGGCUAUUGCUAAAGGGAAUAACAUUACCGUAAUCUUCGAUAGCUGCCAUUCAGCGAGUAGCACCCGGGGAGUUCGGGGAAUAUUGGCCAAGGCUGUGCGACCUCCGUCAAUACAGAUACCUACCAAUAACUAUCCAAUAGAAUCGACGGCUGAAGGACCUAUGUCAGCUAAAUGUCGGGCCCGUGCCUUAAACGCAAUAGACUUGCCCGCUUUGACGCAUGAGACUGAUAAGGGAAUUAUUCAGCGAGUACAGAGACGCCGACAGUGGAGAAUUAUCAUCACCUUUGUCCGCUCCCACCUGCUUUUCACGCGCAUAAAAGCUACACCCGGAUGCAACCCCACCAGCGCCAGGGCUUCUGUCCAGACUUUGCUCAAAACGACUGCCCCAGAACCCCUUGGAUUUUCCCGUUCGCAUGUCCUUCUCGCCGCUUGUGGCCAUGCUCAGCAGGCGUACGAAUGCACAGAGUGUGGUUCUGGCUUUUUCACUACCGCCCUACUUCAGGUGCUUCGAUCUAGCUGGCUAAGAAAGCUAAAAUAUAAGCGGUGCUUUGAGGAAUUUCCGAAGCUACUUACCCCAAGUGCUCAAAGCCCCGUUUGUGAAGGGGAUACCGACGGCCGGGUAUUUUUUACUGUUUCCGCUUUGACUAUUCCGACGCGUCAUGAUUCUUACACUAUUCGAAAGCUCAGCGAAGGCUAUAUAAUGAGGUUGGGCGAUGCCCAGGGCGUAUUUCCGGGCUCAAAGUACGGUAUCUACGAGGAUCAUACUAUUUUCAACAAUCUUGGGUCUGCUUACUCGCCUUCGUCCAACGUGAAUAGCCCUUUGUGGGGAGACUUUAUAGCUUACCCCUUUACGGAGGAGGAACCCACAUUAUACCCUUUUUAUUCCUUGUGCAAACUGGAUAGGAAUGACAGAGUGCCAAACUGGCCGCGUGCGAAAUUGCUCAAGCUCGGGUCCCGUGGAACUUCCUCUUUGAACGUAUUCGUUAGCAACGCAUUAAAGAUCGUCAUGGAUCCAGGUACCUUUAUACAUGCCGAUCACGGGAUGAUUCUGGUCGAUUCAGUAGAUCCAAGCGCCCCAAAUACAGUGAUCUUGGAUAUCGAAAACGAACACAGCGAAUAUAUAACGAUCAGACUUGCUGGCUUCCCGAGACCACUUUACAGGUGCUAUCCUGAUAGAAAAAGAAUGCGACGUAUACUAGCCUCAAUGUCUCAAUGGUGGUGGCAUCGUUCUCGCGAGCCACAUGAUACUUUCAAUACCAAGAUAGCUGCCGAAAUAACCAUGUACAAACUGGGAGAUGCAGGGCCCAGCCCUCUUCCACUUGAAAAGGACAACUCUGUAACUGUAGAAGCAUCGCCAACUGCCCUCUAUGCUCUUAGAGUUAAGAGCCACUUUCCUAGAAAACUGUAUGCGUAUUUGUUCUAUUUUAGCACUGUCGGUCAAUCUAUUAGGCCGUUGUAUUUGGGUGUCUAUGGAAGCCACUAUAUAGACCCAACCCUCGAACCGUACGGAGAACUUACCUGCGGGUACAUCAACGAUGACAUGAUCCCCGGCGCACUUUCGUUCAGUCUAACGCCAGACGACGGAUACUUUCAACUCUUUCUUACGACAGCGCCCGGAGAUUUCGACUCCCUGGCUCAGGCAUCUCCCUUUCUCGAGCCCCAAACGUACUGUGAUAUGGCUCCUAUCAUUACCUAUCAAUAUGGAGACGGACUGGAAAGUCGGAAACACCACUCCUCGGGCUUCAACACAUCAGAACCUGUGACACUUCCACCCAUCCCUUCUGCCGCCUUUGAUGGUCACUCGGCUGAAAUUCUGACUACUCAAACUUUUGAUGUCAGUAUGUUCGAGCGCCAAAAAGUGGGCAUGCAAAGAAGCUUGGAACGGUCCGAGCGAGAUGUGCUUUCCCCUGGCGAAAUGGCUGAAUUAUUUGCUGAGCGUGGGAAUUACAUGGAAGUAUCCCGAUGGGGAGUAGUCAGUCUGAAAGUUAAAUGCAGGUAA